AUGGCUUCAACAAGUGAUUUAUCUGAACAAUUCAAUCAUCUUGAAGACCAAGAAACAAACAUAGCAUCAACAUCAAUGACAUCUGAUGAUCCUAUUGAUUCAGAAGAAAAACUUCAAGAACAAGUACCAUCUUGUCAAGCAGAAGAAAAUGAAAUCAAAAUGACAGAUAACAAUAAUAACGACGAACUCACACAAAUCGAUCCAUUACCGACCAUGAACGCAAUCAAUAUGGUCACUGCGGAAGCUUCAUUUACUGAAGCAACAUCAGCAGAUUUACCAUUAGGUGCAACACGCUCAUCUGUUGCUCGAAUUCUCGUUAAGCCCGGACAAAUCUUUCGUGUUCAGGUCGACAACGAAGUCAAAGAAGUACAUGGUAAGUUGAUUUAUUUUCAUUGUGAUGAUAACUACACGCGGCAACAAGAGAUCUACUGUUUUAACUAA